AUGUUCUUGAACACAGCCUCACCUCGGAAGUCUUUUAGCGUCCCCAUUAGCAUCAACCUGCAGGGUGCACGGAGGCGACAGACACGGGAGAUCCUCCACCCUUUGGCGGCGAGGGAGCAGGUGUGGCGGAGAGGAGGGUACGGGCGCGGAGGGGAGAGGGCCAAGGCUCAGGUGACGGCCUCCAGUGUGGGGGAGGACAGAGCCAUGCUCAUGGGCUUCAGCAUGAUGGCCUUCUCUGUGCUCAUGUACUUUCUGAUCGGGAUCACUCUGGUUAAACCCCACCUAAACAGUAUUUUUUACUUAAGUACUUUACACAACUGCUUCUCAUCAACUGCUGAUGGUUUCAGUGACUGGCAUGAGGAGGCCAGCUGCUUGCUGGUCCAGGUUGAUGUUCUGGAUGAGUGGGCCGACUGCAGAGGGGUCAGCACUGCCCCAUGCCUGAGGGUUCUGGUCAACCUCAGUACCUCUGGACAGAAGGCUCGCCUACACUACGAUGAAGAGUCUGUACUCCUCAACCCUGAGGUACAGUUGAAGUCGGAAGUUUACAUACACCUUAGCCAAAUACAUUUAAACUCAGUUUUUCACAAUUCCAAACAAAAUAUGUAUACUAUUUUUCCCUUAUCAUUGCAGUGUUUCUACAUACCCAAAUGUCAAGUAGACAGGAAAGUCCUUGUGGGCGAAGUGCAGAAAAUCCAAAACACUUUGGAGGAGACACAAGGCAGUGAGUUGCGUUGUCUUUCCGACCCCAGAAAAUACCCAGAGGACACCAUUUUGAAGAGGAAGUACACGUUAGGCCUUGCCCUGUGGUCUCUGCUGUGGCCCAGCUUGAUGCUGGGUGGGGGAGCGCUACUGGUGGGCCUGGUGAAGCUCAACCAGAGACUGGCACACCUCUGUACGGAGCUGGGUAAUGAGGUAGCAGGGGGUAGGUUGACAACGAUGACAAAUACCCAAGGCAAACUCUAUCAGCUCCUUAGGUGGUCUGGCUCUGGACAGCACUCACCUAUGCAGGAUGACUCAGUGAAGUGAUAGCUGACAGUGGCUGUGUUCCAAUAUGCAAUAAGUGUACUACAAUGUGUAUUGAAUGUAUCCAGUGAAAGGACAUGGAGAUAACAUACUGUGUAGGUGAUCCCCACUGUAAGGAAGGGAGUCUAUGGGUUGAUGUAGUAGGAAAUGGAAAUAACUACAUUAUCCACCUUGUCCUGGAUUUUUUUUUAAAUCUAUGCACAAGGGCUGCAGGGAAUCCCACUGUAUGACUGAAUAGUAGUGGAGGCUGGCUCAUAAUAAUGUCUGGAACUGAGCGAAUGGAAUACCAUUCUAGCCAUUACCACUAGCCCCUUCUCCCCAAUUAAGGUGGCACCAACCACCUGUGCUGAAUAAGCUGACUUGAAGGUACCUUUUUCCUAGUAUGGUUAGUCAAAGCAGGUACUCUAAUCAACUAGCCGCAUUUCUCUGUCAAUAUAUGGGGACGAGGUUAGAUAUUACUGAAACGAUGUAGGAUUAACUGAGUUUUUAUAUUGUCCUUUUUAAUUAUCAUGGUAAGAUGGUAAGAGGCAAAUAAGAAAUUAAAUGCAUUGGUU